ACCACUACUAAUACUACUACUACUCUUGCAAAUCCUAAAAUGCAUUCCCUAAAACCAUUCACUUUUACACUAAAUCUAUUACUCUUGCUACCAUUUCUUUCAUCCCAAAAACCCUUGGUCAAUGCUGACAUCGAGCAAGUUACUCUCCGUGACCAAUCAUCACUCUCUCUGAACAACAACAACAAAAACAACUCUUUUGCAUCUGAAUCUGAUGAAGAAGACAUUUUGAAAAGAAGUUGUUCCAUUGAAGCUGAUAUAACUGCAUCUAAUUUCACCUACCUCAUGAAAUUCGGUGUUAAAAGGUACGAAGGCGAUAAAGCUCACAUAUAUUUAAAUGCCACUCUAGACACCGGAAGCGAUCUCAUAUGGUUUCAUAGCCAGCCUUGCGAUUAUUUACUAGGUUGUGAUUGUUUUUGUUAUCACAAAGGUGAAUGUAUCAAGAAGCCCCAGAAAAUCAUCGGUUGUGCAGAUCAAGAAUGUGUGAACUUGAAAGAAUUUGGAAUCAAACAUGAAUGUCACCAGCAAAAUGAUAACAAAUUAUGCCGGUACAACGGUAAAUAUGCAGACAGUACUGAAUUAAAAGGAUUUUUUGGUACUUCAGAUUUUCAUUUUACAAUUGACGAAAGUGGUAAAACCAAAGAUAAACCAUUGAGAGUUGGAUUUUCGACCACAAAGAAGGAUAAAGAUGUACCAGAAAGAAAUGGAAUUGUUGGACUUGGAAUGGGAGGAUACUCUUUGAUAAAUCAAUCUAUAGGUGUAACCCCGAGGAAAUUCUCUUAUUAUCUUCCUCAAUUUCGUCGGAAAGAUGAACAAGAUAUGAAAGAUAAAAGCAAGUUCAAAUUUGGUUGCGGUGUGGAAAUUUCGGAUGAAAAAAGUACUCCUUUGUUACCAAAACAAGACAAAUAUCAAAUGUGCCACACUCGUUACUGCGUCCAAAUUAAAAGUAUCUGUCUGAAAUUCAAAGGCAAAAAAUGUGAAAAUCAUGAGAUAGAAGUGAGUGAAGGUGACACUGAGAAUGAUAACGUAAUAGUUAUUGAUUCAGGUACUACAUUUACGUAUCUUAAAAACAAUAUAUUCGAAAAAUUAUUAGAUAAACUAAAAAAGAAGUUAAAGGACGAAAGCCCAAGAAAGUUAUUAUUUUAUGAAAAUUGUUUUGAGAAAAAGGACGGGAAUGUCGAGAAAUUGGAGAAUAUAUCAUUUAAGUUUGAUGGUACAACAAUUGAAUUGAAGAAGGAGAAUUUCUUUGAUGAAUAUAGUGUUCCAGAUUGCAAUGGUGGAGACCCAAAAAACUAUGUUUGCUUAACAGUGGAGGGACAAAAUAAAGGGUAUCGUAAAAGGUUGCGUAGCUAUGGAGACUCAGUGGGAGAACCACAAAUACUUGGAAGUAGGGCACAAAUGGAUUUUACGGUUGCUUUUGAUCUUGAAGACGAUACGAACAUGAAAGUGUCUUUUGAGAAUAAUGAAAAAAAUUCAGACCUUUCAGAAUAAGAAUUUGAUGCUAUGUAUAAUUGGUCUAUUGUACUGCCUCUAGUUAUGUGUGUCAAGAAUAAAAAAAAAGUAUGGUUAGUAA